AUGAUCAUUUCCGCCGUUUCUCCAACCACACCGGCAACCGGUAAACGACCCGUCGACGUGGUUGACCAUUACCUUCGGAACGCGGAUAAGCGGUUGCAGUGUUUCUAUCGAUCCUACCCUAACUGCCGCAACCUCGAUCUUCAUUCACUAAGGAUACCUCCGUCGUACAUCGCGCCCUCUCCCAUUCUCAAGGUUACCAUAUCCAGCGUCAGCGUCGGCAACCGGAGCGAGUCUGAACAGCCACCCGCACUCGUACCCGCAGUGCAGCGUGCCACGCAUCCAUUCAACGAGGACAGUGCCGAUGUCAUGAUUCGGACCAGUGACAACGUGGAGUUUCGCGUCCACAAGACCAUCCUCGCCCUUGGAAGCGGCACGUUCAAGGAUUUGCUGUCAAUCCCUGAACCUCUGAACGAGGCAAGAGAGGCGAUCCCGGUAGCGGAGGACAGCGAGACUAUGGAUGCAUUCUUGCGGAUCUGCUAUCCCGUAAUCAACCCGAAGCUGACGUCGGUGGACCACAUCCGUAGGGUCCUCGCCGCCGGAGUGAAGUACGAUGCUCCUGCCGUCAUCGAUCAGAUGAAGGUGUCCCUAAUGGCACCGCAAUGCCUCGACGUAGACCCACUUGGUGUAUACUCUGUUGCUUGUGUCUUCCACCUGGAAGAAGAGGCCAAGUCUGCCGCUGAAGCUGCCGUCAUCAUGGGGAAAACCUGGAGCGAGGAUACCUACCCCGUGCUUGAUGAUAUCAGCGCGGGAGCCUACUUCCGUCUCCUGCAGCUCUAUCGUUCUCGUGUGGCCUGUUCUGAACCACGGGCAGGCCCGGGGAAGAAGAAGAGGAAGGGUGCUAGUGUCAACUCAACGCCAAGUUAUUAUUAUAUUGUCAGAUUCGAUGGCAUUGAGCCAUUUUGCCGUCUCCCACCGAGCACAGCCAGUUCCAUUCCUGUGGGCGCGACCGUUGAUGGCCUAUCUGGGUUCGAGCCAUUCUCCCAUGCAACAGGAGAUCUCAUUUUCCGCUCUCACGACGAAUUCGAUUUCUACGUCCAUCGCAAUAUCCUGGCCUUCGCUUCACCAAUACUGCUCAGUAGGCUCAUCCUCGAAGAGCUCAAGUACACAUCUGACGGUAUUGAGAUCCCCGUGUAUCGCGCUCAGGAGUGCGGUGUUGUCCUGGACAUCCUGCUCCGUCUUUGCUAUCCAGUCGCCCAUCCUCAAGUCUUCAAACCCGACGUGUUCCUCGCCGUCCUUUCUGCCGCGCACAGAUAUGAGAUGGCCAAGGCGGAGCAGAUUCUGCGAGGCCUCUGGCAGAAAGUCUCAGAAGCAAACCCAUUGCGCUUCUACUUCGCGGCUGUGGAGCAAGGUUGGAAAGACGAAGCCGUGAUGUGCGCAGAUCACCUAGCUCGUCUGUCUUUCUCCUCUGUAUCAGUAUACGACCGCUAUGUGCCGGAGAUGAAUUGCGUCCGUAGUAUCCCAUAUCGUCAUCUGCUAUCGUAUGUAGAGAAGAAGCGAUGGAACACCGAGACGAAGUUGGGCUGGUACGAGGGUCCAUACGGUACGGUGCCUUAUCUUUUAUGGUGA